GUUUGGUAAAGACUUAUCAGGGAUGAGCUCACAGGAAUUAAAUGGGCUUGUAGAGAAAUUAAAAGAAGGGAUGUUGUUCAUUAAGGACACAAAGAUGCAACUGUUGAAGCAUGAAUUAGAAGAAUCAAGAAAGCAGGAACAGCAAGUGCAGCAGAAAAACCUGAUGCUGAAGAGACAGGUUAAAGAGCUUCAAGAUUUUUACCCAAGAGUUUAUUAUCCGUUGCCAAUUUCAAUUCACUACCCUGCAACGGAGCACGAUAGAGGACUUCUUCCACAUACCAAUCUUUCUCUUGCUAUCACCAGUAGCUCUGUACCAGAGCAACAUGCAUCAAAUGAACCAAAGAAAAAUAGUUCUGCAGAGCCUAAAAACAGUGAUUGCAGAUCUCCAACGAAACGCAAUCCCCAGCAGCCUGCUGAUAAAGACAGUUCCAAGAACCACUGACGGAACCAGCUAAGGACAAGCCCCCGCUCCAGCGGGGGCUUGCCGGUGCCGUCCGCCGUUUUUAUAUAGAGUUUUUAAAGCAGAAGCGGUGGAGAAUACAGGGAGAUAUGGGGCUGGGGGAAGAGAGAGAGAGAAUUAGGAGGAAUACAGCAGGCACAAUGUCAUAUCUGCUUGGGAUUCCCGUCAAAAUAAUUUAUUUUAUCAUAAAUUUAUUAUUACUAG